CGGCGGCGGCUCUGUGGUGGAAGAUGGCGGACGAAGAGAAUAGUCGCGGAGCGGCCUUUUUAGGCGCGUCAGAACCGGACGAGCCUGUCGCGAAAAGACCGAAAAUCGGCCCGGUGACCAACUGUGGGCUUCAGCCCGUAGAAACGGACCUGUCCUCGCGCGUCUGCGCGGACUCCGACAGCGAGGAGGCGGCGGUAAAUCGUGCGGAGAAGAAGGAAGCGAAGCCGGCGAUGAUGGCGGUGGAGCAGGCCCUAGCGGCAGCUCGAGGCGAAGACAACAAUGGACUGGACGCGCUGGGACUGCCGGUGUCCGACCCGCUCAGAUCCGUUGGGAAAAUUAGCGAGAGCGCCGUCUUCGGUUUAACCCACGAAAGCGCCGAUUUUCUGGGACGUGACGAUCAGCCUUCCAACGGGCUCGCUGCCACGCCGGAGCACAUCGACGACGACAAGUCGUCUCACGCCAGCUCCAGCGACUGGACUCCUCAACCACAAAUAGGUUCUUACAGUUUCAUCCAGCAACACAUCAGAGAAACUGACCCCAGAGCCAUUUUGAGGGACCUUCUUCCUGAGACCAUACUCCCCCCAGAUCUCGAUGACAUGACGCUGUGGCAGAUCAUCAUCAACAUCUCAGAACCGCCCAAGAGAAAGAAGCGGAAAGAUGUUAACUCCUUAGAAGAUGUUGUCCGGCUGCUUCACGAAAGCAAACGGAUCCUGGUGCUGACCGGCGCCGGGGUUUCGGUUUCGUGUGGAAUACCAGACUUUCGGUCCAGGGAUGGAAUUUAUGCUCGGCUCGCUGUCGAUUUUCCGGACCUUCCGGAUCCUCAGUCCAUGUUUGAUAUUGAGUACUUCAGACGGGACCCGAGACCCUUUUUUAAAUUUGCUAAGGAAAUCUACCCGGGUCAGUUCGAGCCUUCACCCUGCCACAGAUUUAUAUCCAUGCUAGAUAAACAAAAAAAACUGCUACGCAAUUACACCCAGAACAUCGACACGUUGGAGCAAGUCGCCGGGGUUCAGAGGAUUAUUCAAUGUCACGGGUCCUUUGCGACUGCUUCCUGUCUCGUUUGUAAACACAAGGUGGACUGUGAGGCCAUAAGACAAGAAAUCUUUCACCAGGUUGUUCCGCGCUGUCCGCGCUGUCCGGACAUUCCUCUGGCAAUAAUGAAACCUGACAUCGUUUUCUUUGGCGAGAAUCUUCCUGAAAUGUUCCACAGAGCCAUGAAGCAGGACAAGGACGAGGUGGACCUCUUGAUCGUUAUCGGUUCUUCGCUCAAAGUCCGACCGGUGGCCCUUAUCCCAAGGGGUCAGUACUUGUUCCUGUCACCAAACCGUUACAUCUUCCACGGGGCCGAGGUCUACUCGGACUCCGAAGACGAGACGUCGAGUUCCUGCGACAGCGACGGCUCGGAGUGCAGUCAAGAAGAUGGCGAGGACGACAGUGAGCUGGAGGACGCGGUGGAGGACGGAGACACGUGCCUGAAAGACACUUUACAACACGCUCCGUCCAACGAGACGACGGGGACGUCGCUGACAGGAAGUACUUCUGAACAGACUCUGAGCGCARCGGACCCUGGAGAUCUGACGGAGCACUAAUUCUUUUUCAUCCAUACAGAAAAAUGUUUUGUUUUUGACUCGUCAUAGUUUUGUUUUCAUAAAGUUCGAAUGUUUGCGCCUUUUAYGUUUUCGCAGCAGGGCUCUUCAACGUUCAGUGUCUGAAAAACUGUUUACUAAAGGAAGUAUCUCACUGGGCGCAAACUGUGAGAAAAUACACAUUUUUUGUGUCAGUCUGGGUGUUUUCACCAGCAGAAAUUCUUUGAUUUUAUUUUGAACUCGUUCAAAACUCGACAGGAAAACACGUAGAAGCUCACAGUCUCAUCCCACUGAGAAACAAACUAUUUUUUAUUUACAUGAAAAGUUAAUAAUCUUUUACGCAUCAACACAACGUUAAAUUAAGCUUUAAUGCAUAUAUUGCCCAAAUCGUUAGCGAAAUGCUAAUUUCUGUCAUGUUAUCUUCAGUUUAACGUUACAGUUGUGAAACAUGUAAAUUUGUGCGCCUGCUGCCUGUUUAACAUUGCGUACUGUAAGUUUUACACACCGGUUGUCUAGCAUGCWCAUAUAGUUCAGUUCAGCCUUUUCUAGGAGGGAAAAUUCAAUUAAAUUCAAAAAUACUUUAUUGAUCCCAGAGGGAAAUUAGAUAAAAAAGGACCUCUUUUCAUUUCAGACCAAAGAACACUUAACACACGUCCGUUCUGAGUUUUCUAUCUUUGAACUUGUCCUUUUUUUCUGACGAGGCGUUUCCUCUACGUCUGGCAGCUACUUUUCUGGUGAAGCCUCAUAUUUUUAUAUUUGGACGCGACGCGUGCUCAUCGAGGAGUAGAUGCUAGUUUUUAAAUCUGUACAAAGUUGAUACCAGAGACAUUAUAUUGAGAAGGAUUUUGGUUAUGUUGGAAUAUAAUUACAUUGAUAAUGGCACUUUUUAAAAUUUUCUUUCCUUCCAUACAGAACUGGUUUUGUUGCCUGAGUCGUUUUCCUUAAACAAUAAGGAGUUAAAUGCCUGUAAAAUGUCAAUAAUGUGUUGACAUACUGAGUUGUUGUGUGGAAGACGUGUCUACGCAAAGUUUGAUUUACUUUCUGUUUGCAAGGUGAUGUUUUGUUAAACUUGAAAAGAUUAUUUUUUAUUCA